AGCAUCAUCUGCUUCUUCAGGAAGAGACGCAUCAUCGUCACAGCUUUGUCAACAACGGGGACAGUGGCAACACAACCUCGGCCUGUCCGGCAGAAACCCCCCCAUGUCUUGCAAGUGGAAUUCAUAUGAAAAGGGUACUCUUUCGAUUUCAAGUGAAACGAACGCCUGCGAUGUCCGUGCCGUGUGUCAAGCGGGCUAGCUGAACCGACGAGGAUCCCGUUCAGCUAGCUGGUGACUUGACACGGCAUGGCCUGUUCUCAAGCUAAUGCUAGCUGCCGAGCCGCCGUACAGAAGAUUAUCCUCACGAACUGAGGUCGCUGGUUUCAUUUGGCGCAGCGGAUUCGUCACAGAAAAUACAAAUGAAGUGACCAACGAGAUACAAUGUCAUCGUUCCAGGUGGUGGACUCGUCGCCGGGCAGCAGCGUCAGCAUCAUGGAAACGUCCAACUUUGCCCACGUCAUCUUCCAGAACGUGGGGAAGAGUUUCAUGCCCCAGGCGCCCCUGGAGUGUUGCUACACCCUGACCCCGUACAUCACUCCCAACCCCAAAGACUGGGUGGGCAUUUUCAAGGUUGGUUGGAGCACAGCCAGAGAUUACUACACCUUCCUUUGGUCUCCUACGUCUGAACACUACGAACCAGGAAGUACUGUGGACAGGACUGUGGUGUUUCAAGGUUAUUAUGUUCCUAAAUCUGACGGAGAGUUCUACCAGUUUUGCUAUGUCUCACAUGUUGGUGACAUCAGAGGAGCCAGUACGCCCUUUCAGUUCAGGUCAGCCACCCCCACAGAUGAGCUUCUGACUGUUACCGAGGACGACAGCAACUCAGACAUCCUGGUCGUCACCACCAAGACUGGCCUUCUAGAGCAUGUGGAGGAGGCGCAGCAGGAGCGCAGAGACCUCCUGAAGGCCAUGCACCUCCUUCAUGAGGAGAAACAGCAGCUGCAGGAGGAGCAGAGACGACUGGCCAGGGAAAGGGAGCAGGAGAGGGAGACGUGCAGCUUGCUGCGGACACACAACCAGGAGCUGCUGCGCUCGUCGCAGGGCCUGUCAGAAGAGAGGGAGGAUGUGAGGAGGAGGCUGUCAGAGGCCACGGACCGGGUCCGCCAGCUGGGGGAGGACCUGCUUGGAGUCACCCAGAGAGGCCUGCAAAAGGAGACGGAGCUCGAUUGUCUGCGUGACCGUCUGAAGAAGCUGACAGCCGAGAGAGACAGUCUGGAGAGCCAGCUGAAGAACGAGAAGGAUGAGAGAGACCUUUACAAGGCCCACCUGCGCAGCACCGAGCUGGAGAACACUAAGCUGAGUGCAGAGCUGCAGAUGUUGAAGGCGGUGGAGCUGAACCGGGAGGUGACCAUUGCUCAGUUCCAGGAGGAGCUGGACAGACUCAGGCUCUGCGUUGCCCAGCGGGACAGCCUGGAGAAAGAACUGCUGGCACACAAGGCUGACAAGGCAGAUCUGGCCCGUGUGCGUGAGCUGCUGCGUCAGGCAGAGGAGCAGCUUCAGGCGUCCCGGCAGCAGGCCUCCCUGCUGGCCUCGGAGCUCCGCGACUCAGCUAGCGCCCGGGACCACACGAUGACCGAGCUGUACCGCGCCCGCUUGGAAGCUGACAAGCUGCGUGCCAGUCUAGCUGAUGCUCAGGCCGAGUGCCAACGCAUGGAGAGCCAGCUAGACCGCAUGAGGAGCACUGCACAGACGGAAGUGGGUGUUGGGACCAGUGAGGAGAUGACACCCAGCAUGAUGGUGGUGUCAGAGGCAGAGGCCGAACUGCAGAGAGAGGUGGAGGAGCUGAAGCUGCGUCUUCACAUGGCUGCUGAGCACUACAAGGAGAAGUACCGGGAGUGUCAGCGCCUCCGAAGGCAGGUGGCCAAACUGAAUACAACUGAGUCACAGGGAGAGCCAAAGAGAAAUGCAUCCACUGAGACAACACAGGAGCCACUGACCCCUAGUCCAGAGUCACCGACGGCAGGAAACAUAGCUGCUGCAGUCCUAGAAGAAGCUGCUGAGAUGACAAGAACACCAGAAUUUAGUAACAGGGAAUACACACAUACUGAUGCAUACAUCUGCAUUGACAGGCAAGAAAGGCAGAGAGAGAAAAUGCCAAAGGAGAGGGCCGAGGUGGAGGCUGAGGUAGAAGCCAACCAAGGGGAGGAAAGGGAGAAAAAAAAAGAGGAGAAGAGGGACAGUCUGCCAGAGGAGAGCCUGAGGAUGACGAGCUGGGUGGAGGUGGAGAACGAGAGGCAGCGAGCCGAAAAGAACAGCGAGGCGGAAAUGGCAGUGAAGGCCGAGGAAGUGAGGGAUGUCGCGGAGCGCCAGGUGCUGCUGGAGGUGGAGGGGAGGCGGAUGGGGGAGGCGGAGAAGGCACAGACACGCUCGGUGGAGAAGGAGCUGGCGAUGAUGGAGGAGAAGUGGAGGCAGCAGUGUGCGAUCAACGAGACCCUCAAACAACGGCUGGCCAACGAGGAGGAGCGAUUCAGAGUGCACAUGGCAGAGCGAGCCAGCGAGGUGACAGAACUGAAGCGGAACCUUGCCCAGGCCCUCAGAGACAAAGAGCAGCUACAAGAGGAGCUGCAGCGCUUCGUCUCCAGGCAGAGGGAGCAGGAAACCGGUGUGCAGGGUGCGGAGAUCAGGCAGCCGAUGGUGCUGCGCUACCCCCUGCCGUACCCUCAGGACCCCUCUCCCCCGCCACUGGUCCCACACAGGCCUGCGGAGUUGCAGUACGGCAACCCCUACUCCACUGACAACACACGAGACCGGGCGGAUGUCUCGCUUUCUCCUGAGCACAUGUCCCGUCCUCCACCAGAGGCCCCACCCUGCGCCCCUCCCUGCGCACCCCCAAUCACACCCCCGAGUCCGGGGCCCGGGGUACCGGGUUGGGACCGAGAGGUGGUCUGCAUCCAGCCCUCCCGCACCACGAGCCCCCCCGAGAGUCUGGAGCAUCCAGCGGAGGAACCACGAAAUGCUGCUGAUGGGGCUCAGCCGUCCUGUGAUCAUCAGUCCAGUAGAUGUAGAGAAGCCAGGGGCAGCUUCUGCUUUGACUCCAGUGUUCACAAGCGCUGCCCGUUAUGCGAGGUGAUCUUCCCGCCCCACUUUGAGCAGCGCAGCUUCGAGCAGCACGUGGAGAGCCACUGGAAGGUCUGCCCCGUCUGCUCCGAGCAGUUCCCUCUCAACUGUCAGCAGCAGCUCUUCGAGAGGCACGUCCUCACGCACUUUGAUGGCCACGUGCUCAACUUCGAGCAGAUUGAAUGAAGGGUGUGUAAAGGGCGAAGCUAUGAUUCUGACCUGUCGUAUGGGUAAAUGUGUGUCGUCAGCUAUUCAGUUCAUUUUGAUUGGGUCAAGGUGUCUUGUUAAUAUACAAUCAUAAGCACUUUUUUGCAAUCUUUAACAAAGGUUAGAAAGAAUGUAGUCCAGGAAGCGGAGUGCGUCCCGUGGCGGCUGCUCCACCGAGGUGAUUUAUGAAGUCGGGUAGCUUUCAUCUUAAUACACCGAUGGUAAAAGGAUCAUUAACACUCGCGAAAAGUGCCACGGUCCUUUACUUUUGUAUCAUUUUUAUGCUUAUCUUUCUGCUUCAGAGGGACUAGUGCAUGCAUUCAUUAUGUGUUCAAAACUACAAAAUUACAGCUGUUGAAGCUAAAAGAGUGAAUUGUAGCUGGAGCUUGAACCAGCUCUUUGAAGAGAAAGCAUUUUAGUAUGUACAUGUCCUGGGUAUUAUUUACAAUGAGUAAGAUUCUCAUAAAGCAGCCAAGACAUAUACAUCUUUUAAUUGUCCAUAUGUUUCAAAGCUUUUUUUUUUUUGUGUAAAUGCAGAGUGAGAUCUGAAUAUGUGAUUUCAUCUGAGUGUGUAUUUAAUUAAGGAGUGAUGUGGUGGAAUUAUUUAUUUCUUUAACUUGAAUGGGAAGUGAUCUUUGAUUUCUCCCAAAACUACAGUACUACUGUACGUGUCAGACGUCAGAUGGUUUCAACAAAAACAGCACUACGUUUUCAUGUAUCUGCACUAAAAAAAGGCUUUAUUCUGAAUGUACUGUACAUAUGAAAAUAAGUAUAAGUUGUGGAGAGACCUGUGAAUUACUGUUGUGACUGCCUCCCCUCAUUGUUAAUAAUUUUUUUUGUGAUGAAAGAAUGACGGACCAAUGAUGUUUUCCUUUGGUCAGUUGGCAAAAAAAACUAGGCUGGUCUCUUAAUUUCAUUGGAGAUACGGUCACGUUUUAGGCAAACGGACUGCAGGUCACAGACACUUUUGCUGUUAUGUAAUUCUAUGUUUUAACGUUACAGCUGUCAAGAAAAAUCCAUUGCUUUGUGUGCAGGUCCAAAUCAUGAGUGAGUGUCAUUUAUAUGUGUGUCUCCACAUCACCGCUUGUCUAUUUACAAAGUGACCCCUGACAGUGUUGUAUUCAGGCUUUAAAAAUUGCACAUGCCCAGUAAUCAUAAGGCAGGUGUGUUUGUGUGUGUGUGUGUGUGUGUGUGUAUGUCAUGUGUCCUUUUCAUGUGAGAAUGUCAGGAUGGUGGUUUAAGUGUGUACUGCAAAGAUCUUUAUGAAUAAAGUAAGCUUGUCUUAAUGCAUUUAA